GAUCGGCGGUGCGCUGUGUCCAAUGGACACAGCGGAUCACCGAUCCACGGAAAGAGCCGAAGAUGUCGGCUUGGUCAUGUGAUCAGCUAUGUCCACAUCACUGCUGAUCAGUGUGCCCUGAUGAUCUGUGUAGCCCCAACAGCGCCACCUGUCAGUGUCCAUCAGUGCCAGCUCUCAGUGCUCAUCCAUGCCACCUGCCAGUGCCCAUCAGUGCCACAUUUCAGUGCCCAUCAGUGCCACAUCAAUGCCAUAUAUCAGUGCCCAUCUGAGCUGCCUUUCAGUGUCACCCAUCAGUGCCAGUCAAUGCCAGCUAUCAAUGCCAGUCAGUGCCACCUAUCAGUGCUGCCAAUCAGUGCCACCUAUCAGUGCCAGUCAGUG